AUGUUAAAAAAUAGUUCACUUCCAUCGUUAUAUAAUACGUUUAAUGCUUGGACAAAACACGAAUCAAUUAUAAAUCAAUAUCAAUAUCAAACACAACAACAACAACAACAUCAAGAAUAUUUUGAUAUGCAUGAUAUUUUACAUUCAAGUAUUUUACUUUUAUUACUUUCAUUUUUAUCAUCAAUAACACUUAAUCCAUAUCGUAAACAAAUAGAUUUAAUAUCAACAUCAUUAUCUUCUCCAUCAAUAACAACAAUAAAUAAUCCAACAAUAAUUGAUCAUAAUUAUGAUCAAUAUUAUUAA